CUCCCCGUUCUCUAGUGAUGUUUACUAAUGGACGCGUCCAACCCCCCUCCGCCCCCCUCCUUCCCUCAGCUAUGCGCGGCUCCGAGCUCUGGGACUGAGAGUCGGGAGUGACUGAGCGGCUGUUGUGUGUUGGAUUCUCCGGAGUGCGCGCCCCCGGAUAUGUGCUGAUUCGUCCGGACUUGAGUGCUCGGGACCCCGGAGCUGCGGCUGAGGUGACUUAUUACCAAUGGAGCAUAUUCAGGGAGCGUGGAUGAAGAUCAGCAAUGGAUUUGGGUUAAAGGAUUCUGUGUUUGAUGGACCUAGUUGUAUGUCCCCAACUAUUGCUCAACAGUUUGGCUAUCAUAGGCGGGCAUCUGAUGAUGGCAGGCUCGGCGACCCUUCAAAAGCGAGCAAUACAAUUCGUGUCUACCUACCCAAUAAGCAGAGAACAGUGGUCAAUGUUCGAAACGGUAUGACCCUUCAUGACUGUCUAAUGAAAGCGUUGAAGGUUCGAGGACUCCAGCCAGAGUGUUGUGCAGUUUUCCGCCUUCUGCUAGACACCAAAAGCAAGAAGAAUCGACUAGACUGGGCUACGGAUGCCAUGUUAUUAAUCGGAGCGGAGCUGCAAGUAGAAUUUCUGGAUCAUGUCCCUCUUACCACCCAUAAUUUUGUACGAAAGACUUUCCUGAAGUUGGCGUUUUGUGACAUCUGUCAGAAGUUCCUUCUAAAUGGUUUCCGCUGUCAGACAUGCAUGUACAAGUUCCAUGAACACUGCAGCACCAAAGUUCCGACCAUGUGUGUGGACUGGAGCAAUGUCCGGCAGCUGCUAGUUCCAACUCCUAAUUAUGCAGACGGUGGCAUGCCUGCAUUACCAUCCUUCACCAUGCGGCGGAUGCGGGAUUCAGCACGUGGUUCAGCCAGUUCCCAGCACAGAUAUUCUACCCCUCAACCCUUCAACCUUUCAACACCAAAUCCAUCUUCUGAAUGUUCCCUUUCUCAAAGGCAGCGAUCUACUUCAACACCCAAUGUCCACAUGGUCAGCACCACAAUGCCAGUGGACAGCAGAAUGAUUGAGAAUAACUGGCUCAAUACUUCUCCCGUGUCCCGGGGCAGACGUUUCUGUUUGUGGGGCAGAGAUGCUGUAAGAAUUCACAGUGAAUCAGGGAGUCCCAAUAAUUUGAGUCCCACUGGAUGGUCUCAGUCCAAAACCCCAGCUCCAACUCACAGAGAGAAGUCUACAAUGUCCAGCAGCCAGGAAAAAAACAAGAUUCGCUCACGGGGACAGAGAGAUUCCAGCUACUAUUGGGAGAUCGAAGCCAGUGAGGUGGUGCUAUCUACUAGAAUAGGAUCAGGAUCAUUUGGAACCGUGUAUAAAGGCAAAUGGCAUGGUGAUGUAGCAGUGAAAAUUCUCAAAGUUAUCGAUCCAACUCCAGAACAGUUCCAGGCCUUUAGAAAUGAAGUUGCAGUUCUCAGAAAGACACGGCACGUCAACAUUCUGCUUUUCAUGGGCUACAUGACAAAAGACAACCUGGCCAUCGUUACCCAGUGGUGUGAGGGAAGCAGCCUCUACAAACAUCUGCAUGUACAGGAGACCAAAUUCCAGAUGUUCCAGCUGAUCGAUAUUGCCAGGCAAACGGCACAGGGAAUGGACUAUUUACAUGCAAAGAAUAUCAUCCACAGAGACAUGAAGUCAAACAAUAUAUUUUUGCAUGAAGGACUAACGGUGAAAAUUGGUGAUUUUGGCCUGGCCACAGUCAAGUCCCGGUGGAGCGGUUCUCAGCAAGUAGAACAACCAUCUGGAUCAAUCCUGUGGAUGGCUCCAGAGGUCAUCCGAAUGCAAGACAAUAACCCGUUCAGUUUCCAGUCAGAUGUGUAUUCUUAUGGCAUUGUCCUAUAUGAGUUAAUGACGGGAGAGCUACCCUACUCUCAUAUAAGAGACAGAGAUCAGGUACAGAUCAUAUUUUUGGUUGGCCGAGGAUGUUUGGUGCCUGAUCUAAGUAAGCUGUAUAAGAACUGUCCUAAAGCAAUGAAGAGGCUUGUUGCAGACUCCAUACACAAAGCAAAGGAUGAUAGGCCGCUGUUUCCACAAAUCCUCUCCUCCAUAGAGCUGUUACAACACUCACUCCCCAAAAUCAACCGAAGUGCUUCCGAGCCCUCCCUUCACCGCGCCGCCCACACAGAAGACAUCAAUUCAUGCACGUUGACGUCCACAAGAUUGCCAGUUUUUUGAAAAGACCGCCAAGCUUCCUUGCUCAUAAGUCUUCUGAAGAGGAUACAACUUCUGAAAUAAGCUGAAAGUGCUUUGUCUCCAUGUAGAACGAGUCCUGUUCACUUUGUCAUAAUUCGUAAGAAAAAUGCUGCUACCAGUGCAUUUCCGAAGCCACCAACACAAAUGAAAUGGAGAAGAGCGAAUUGUUUCUGCCUU